ACAUAGUUGUCGCCCUUACAUACUCGUUGAAUGGAAGCUGUCACGUUUUUUACUUUUAAUAAUAUUUUGGGUUAAUAAAAUGUCAUUAAAACGGAAAUCAAACACUGAGACUUUCAGUCAACUUACAGUUGAUAACGGGACUGAUUUGUUUGUGGAUGAACCUGCAGAUGAUAGUGAGUCUGAUCUAGACAAUGAUGACACAACAGACUCCAGUGAUUCAGACUCUAGCGUGUACUCUGGUCUCGGAGAGGACGAAGAAGAUUCUUCUGAUUCAGAUGAAGAAAUAGAUGAAGGCAGUGACCUUGAAGGCAGCAACCUUGAAAGCAGUGACCUUGAAGGCAGUGACCUUGAAAAUGAAUCUGAUGAAGAAGGUAGAAAGACAGGCAAAGAAAAAACACAUAAAGAUUUAUCUAAUGACUUAGUGAAUAAGAAAAAUAACACAAAGACAAAAAACAAAUCACAGAAAUUGCAAAAGCCUGUAAAAGAGACGAAAAUUGAGGUUGAUCAAGAAAUAAAGGUGAAAGAUAAAGAAGAGGAAGACAAUGUUAAAGAAACUGAUGAAUAUAAAGAAGAUUCAUCAGAUGAAGAGGAUAUACGUAACACUGUGGGUAAUAUACCAAUGGAAUGGUACAAGAAUUAUAAGCAUAUUGGCUAUGACGUAGAAGGUCGUAAACUUGUGAAGCCGCAGCAGGGUGACCAGCUGGACGAGUUCCUCGACAAAGCAGAUGACCCCAAUUACUGGCGUACUGUACAUAACAAGUUAACUGGACAGAAAAUAGUGCUGAGUAAGGAGGAUAUACAGUUGAUACAGAACAUACAGAAGAAACAACAUCCAACAGAAUCUACAGAUGAACAAUAUCAGGCCUGGGUUGACUGGUUUUCUAGCGAAGUGAUGAUUCAUCCAUUGUCUAACCAGCCAGAACAUAAGAGGAGUUUUAUACCUUCAAAAUGGGAGAGAUUGAAAGUAGGUCAGAUGGUUCAUGCAUUAAAGAUGGGUUGGAUGAAACCAUCAAAGACGGACGAGGAGAAAGACAAGGAGGAAGAAGAAGAAGAUGAACCCAACUUUUAUAUGAUCUGGAAAGAUGAAGAUGAGACAGAAAUAAGUAAGAGGUACAGGCAGCAUAUACCAGCACCGAAACUCUCGCUGCCUGGUCAUGCUGAGAGUUAUAAUCCUCCGCCAGAGUAUAUAUUUACAAAGGAAGAGGCAGAGAAGUGGAAAGAACAAGAGCCUGAAGAGAGGCGUAUUAAUUUUAUGCCUAAGAAGUUUUCUUCUUUACGAAGUGUCCCAUCUUAUAGAAGAUUCAUCAAUGAGAGGUUUGAAAGAUGCCUUGAUUUGUACCUGUGCCCCAGACAAAGGAAAGUACGAAUGAAUGUUGAUCCAGAGGAUCUGAUACCAAAAUUGCCCAAACCAAAAGACCUUCAGCCGUUCCCAACUACACAGUCCAUUAUUUACAAAGGUCAUACUGGUCUGGUACGGAGUAUAUCUGUGGACCCUAGUGGUCAGUGGUUGGUAUCAGGCUCUGAUGAUGGUACUAUCAAGAUUUGGGAGGUAGCGUCAGGUAGAUGUAUGAAAACGUUACAUGUUGAAGGCAGGAUAUCAUCACUCACAUGGAACCCUAAUCCAGCUGUUUGUCUUGUUGCUUGUGCAAUAGAUAAAACUGUGAUGAUAUUCAAUCCUGGAAUGGGAGACAAGUUACAACUAAGCAAUACAGAUAACAUGUUGAACUCUUAUAUAAAACAAGAGGAGACACAGGAUUCUAGGGUACCUGUUAGCUGGAGUGUUUAUGAAGGAAAGGAAUAUGAUGAUGGGUAUAGACUAAAACUUCCACAUGGUUUUGAAGUGUCACAGGUGACCUGGCAUGGAAAGGGAGAUUACUUCGCUACAGUGAUGCCUAAUGGACAGUCGAAGUCCGUGUUGAUACAUCAGUUGUCACGUCGACGCUCACAGAAUCCAUUCUCAAAGUCUAAAGGCAUAGUACAGUGUGUUAGAUUUCACCCAGUCAGACCAUUUCUCUUUGUUGCUACACAAAGAUAUAUUCGUGUAUAUAACUUAUUAAAACAAGAGAUGAGUAAGAAACUUGUGACAAAUUGUAAAUGGGUCUCCAGCAUGGCGGUGCAUCCAGAAGGAGACAAUGUGAUUAUAGGUGGUUACGACAGCCGGAUGAGUUGGUUUGACCUUGACCUCUCAACAAAACCUUAUCAAACUCUCAAACAUCACAAGAAAGCUAUAAGACAAGUUUGUUAUCAUAAAAGAUAUCCGUUGUUUGCCUCGGCAAGUGAUGAUUGCUCGGUUAUUGUCUGUCAUGGAAUGGUUUACAAUGACUUACUGCAGAAUCCUCUCAUAGUACCAGUUAAAGUAUUGAGAGGUCACACGUCGGAGAAAGAUGUGGGAAUAUUAGACUGCGUGUUCCAUCCUUUACAACCCUGGAUCUUCUCCGCAGGGGCCGAUGCCACUAUACGAUUAUAUACUUGAUAAAAUAUGACCGGGGCUAAAUAUCAUCCCGAAAUAUCAUAACAUGUUCAGAGAUACUGUGAAGACACCUCUAGAACUUGGUGAUCAGAAAUCAAUACAUCAUUUUGUACAUUAUAAUGUGAUGUGAAACUUGAAUUUUAAUUAAAGAAACAUAACAUGUGAUCAUCUCUGAAUUAUUCAGUAAAUUGUAAUUUGGGAGAGAAAUUAAUGACAUUAAGUGUCCUGAGACGGUGAAUAUAAAAAAGGUGAAAUAGAAAAAUGCCAUUCUUUAGGAUUACUUAAGAGAAAUAUCCGAGUUAUUUUUCUCAUCUCAAAUGUUGUUUUCACUACAUCAAAUGUUUUAUAAAAUUUAGUGACUCAAUUUAAUUUGUGAAGAAAUCUCUUUGUUUUUGAAUAAUGUCAAAAUAAACUGUUUGUAAGAAUCAGGACAAGUUGUUAGUAAAUUGAGGUGUAUACAUGUAUCCUGAUUACAUGUUUUUUU